AUGAAGCUGCGGCUCCAGCAGGUUCAACAAGCUCAACAGGAAGAGAACCGGUCCAAAGAUAACUUGGAGGAAGACGGGGAUAGUCAACGGAGAGAGACCUCCCGAAGACCAGCUACUCCGGAUGAACAGAACUCGGAUCUUCUUCAAGAAAUGAGGAAAGAGAUGGACGAACUAAGGAGUGCCAUCAAAGAAAAGACGGACCGAAGUGUAGAUAAAAUGAUAAGGGCUACGGAUUCGCCAUUCACCGCGGCGCAACCACCUGACGAGAUAUUGUGUCGUUCCUUCCCAACGACUCUCAAAGGGGCUGCAAGAGAAUGUUUUACUAAGUUGCCAAAUUCGUCCAUAGACAAUUUCGAUCAGUUGAGUAGUGCCUUCUUGCGCCACUUCAUAGGGGGACAACGCCCAAGGAGGCCAGUAGAUUACUUACUCACCAUAAGACAGGGAGAGAAGGAGACCCUAAGGUCAUAUGUCAAGCGAUUCACCCAGGAAACUCUGGAAGUAGACGAAGCUGAUGACAAGGUACAGCUGACGACCUUCAAAGCAGGCUUAAAAUCCAGAGACCUCGUGGCUUCUUAUGCAAAAAACCCCCCGAAGACGAUGGCGGAGAUGCUCCUGAAGGCACAAAAGUACAUGAACGCGGAAGAUGCUCUAGCUGCCAUAAAAGAUACCGAGAGGCCAAGAGACAAGUCCAAGCGGGAAGACGACCGUAGGGGGCAAAAGAGAGACAGACCGAAACGUCGGAACAAUGACGGGAAUAGAAGGAAGGACAACAGAAAUCCUCGGAUGGUAAAAUUUACCCCUUUGGUUAUGUCUGUUGACAAGAUUUUCACGCAGAUCAAGGAUGAGCAUUACCUCAAAUGGCCCAGGCCAUUACACUCAUCCCCCAACGUACGUGACAAGAACAAGUAUUGCCGUUUCCAUAGAGACCACGGCCACAACACGGAAGAUUGCAGAGACCUAAAGGAGCAAAUAGAGGAAUUAAUACGGAAAGGAAAAUUACAGAAGUACGUAAAGAAAGGAGAAUAUGGCAAGUCCAGAGACGACAACAGGACCCAGCGUGAAUCUUCCACUCGAGAGGACGACCAUCCGUCCCAGCCCCCACGCAAGGUGAUCGGGGAGAUAAGCACGAUCACAGGAGGGCCUUUUUCAAGGGGAUCAUUUAGAUCACUCAAAAAAGCAUAUCAUAGACAGGUGAAUAGCGUCCACACCAUGCCUCCGUCCAAGCAUCGACGAACACACCAAGACAUGUCCUUCAGCGAAGGAGACGCCAGGGGAGUAAAGCAGCCCCACAACGAUCCCCUGGUCAUAGUGCUGAAUAUAGAAGGAUUCAAUACCAGAAGGAUCUUUGUUGAUAACGGGAGCUCAGCGAAUAUCAUCUACCUCCCAGCCUACCAGCAGCUGAGAUUAGAUCCAAAAAGGCUUCGACCUUUUGACUCUCCACUCGUCAGUUUCAGUGGAGACAGGGUCUACCCCAGGGGUAUAGUGACUCUGACGGUGACAGCAAGGACCUACCCGUCGCAGUUGACCAAACAGGUGGACUUCCUGGUGGCCGUACUGGCAGGAAAGGAGAACCACACGUGGAUGAUUGAAGAAAAAGAGGAGGACGGGAUGGAGACCUUGGAAACAGUGGAAUUGGUGGAAGGAAAUGCAGACAAGACGACUAAGAUAGGGACGAUGUUAGGCCCCGAGAUGAGAACAAGACUCAUAUAG